AUGUGCAAUCCUCAUGACAAAUUUGCCUUGUUACAAUUCAAAAACUCAGUAGUUGCUCUUAACUCUCCACCUUUUCUUCCUGUGAAUGAUCGUUGUUCCUCAUAUUUUUCAAAGACGAAAUCUUGGAACAAGGUGACAGAUUGUUGCGGGUGGGAUGGAGUCACGUGCGACUCGAGAUCAGGUCACGUGAUUGGCCUCGACCUUUCAUGCAGUCUUCUUAGAGGUGAGUUACUGGGUUCCAAUAGUUCUAUUUUCAGGCUAAGACACCUUCAACAACUCAAUCUAUUUUCUAAUGAUUUCUUUGGAUCUCCAAUACACUCUGCAAUUGGUGACCUUAUCGACCUCACGCAUCUAAAUAUAUCAUGUGUUGGGAUUAGCGGUGAUGUUCCCUCCACAAUCUCUCACUUGUCAAAAUUAGAACAUCUUCGUAUCAGUAGCAUCGACACAUUUCCUACCAUUAGAAUUGAUGAUUACACAUGGAACAGACUCAUUCACAACGCAACUAAUUUAAGAGAGAUUUAUUUAGAAGAAGUGAACGUGUCUUCUGUCGGAGAGACCUCUUUGUCAUUGUUGACCAAUCUUUCGUCUUCUUUGGUUUCUCUCGUUCUCUGGAACACCCAAAUCCAAGGUAAAUUACCCACCAAUAUCCUCCAAUUACCUAAUCUCCAAGAAAUAGAUCUCUCAGAGAAUGAAAACCUCAUAGGUGAAUUUCCGAAGUCCAACUGGACUACUCCAUUAAGAAUCUUGUCUCUCUCUGGAACUGCUUUCUCAGGGUACAUUCCAGAUUCCAUAGCCCACUUUAAGUUUCUUCACACACUAGAACUUUCGAAUUGCAAUUUUGAUGGAUUUAUUCCACCAUCAUUGUUUAAUCUUACUCAACUUUCUUUCUUAGAUUUAUCAUAUAAUAAAUUAGUUGGCCCCAUUCCAACCCAAAUCACCAAACUUUCUAUAUUAUCGAUCUUAUCCUUGUCUGGUAACAUGUUAACUGGACUAAUUCCUUGCUGGUGUUACUCUUUGCCUUCCUUAUCGUUCUUGGAUCUUAGAGACAACCAGUUCACAGGAUCAAUUGGUGAAUUCUCAGCUACUUCUUUACGAUAUUUGUCUCUCUCUGAUAACAAACUGCUAGGUAAUUUUCCAAAUUCAAUAUUUCAACUCCAAAAUCUUACUUCUUUGGAUUUGCAAUCAACAGGUUUGAGUGGUACCGUGGACUUUCACCAAUUUUCAAAGCUUAAAACUCUAAGUUUUUUGGAUCUUUCUCAUAAUAGUUUGCUCUCACUAAAAUUUGAAAAUAAUUUUGAUUGUAUCUUACCCAACCUUCAGUACUUACAUUUAUCUUCAAGUAAAGUAAGUACUUUCCCAAAAUUCAUAGCACCAAACCUGGAAGUUUUAGAUCUUUCUCAUAACAGAAUUCGUGGAAGCAUUCCCAAAUGGUUUCAUGAGAACCUCUUGCGCUCCUGGAAGAACAUUAGUUACAUUGAUCUGAGUUUCAACAAGUUGCGAGGAGAUCUUCCGAUUCCACCUAAUGGCAUUGAAUUCUUUUCAGUCUCAAAUAAUCAACUGAGUGGGGACAUUUCUUCAGCAUUGUGCAAAGCUAGCACCCUUUCUAUUCUUAAAUUGGCUUCCAACAACUUAACAGGACUUAUUCCACAAUGCUUGGGAACAUUUCCUUAUCUUUGGGCAUUGGAUUUGCAAGAGAACAACCUUUAUGGAAGCAUACCUAAUAACUUUUCUAAAGGAAAUGCCUUUAAUACUCUAAAGUUGAAUGGAAAUCAGUUGAAGGGAUUGUUACCACAGUCUUUGGCUUAUUGUACAAAACUUGAAGUUUUGGACCUUGGAAACAAUAACAUAAAGGAUAUGUUCCCCGGUUGGUUAGAAACUUUGCCAAAUUUACAGGUACUCAGUUUACGGUCAAAUAAAUUUCAUGGUGUCAUCACUUCUUUCGGCACCAAACUUCCAUUUCCUAGGUUGAGGAUUUUUGACAUCUCUAAUAACUAUUUUACCGGACCCUUGCCAGUGUCAUACAUCCACAACUUUCAAGGAAUGAUGAAUACUAAUGACAAUCAAACUGGUUUGGAAUAUUUGGGUGAUAAUAGUGUAUAUAAUGAUUCGAUAGUGAUUGUGAUGAAAGGGGUGUACAUAGAACUCACGAGGAUACUGACUGUUUUCACAACCAUUGAUUUAUCAAAUAAUAUGUUUGAAGGAGAAAUUCCGACAGUCAUUGGAGAGUUGCAUUCUCUGAAAGGGCUUAACCUUUCACACAAUAGAAUCACUGGUACCAUUCCACUAUCACUGGGUAAUUUAAGCAAUUUGAAUUGGUUGGACCUCUCAUGGAACCAGUUGAAGGGUGAGAUUCCUAUGGCUUUGACAAAUUUGAAUUUUCUGGCGGUAUUGAACCUUUCACAAAACCAGUUUGAAGGAAUGAUACCUAAAGGUGGACAAUUUAACACAUUUGAAAACUAUUCCUAUGUUGGAAAUCUAAUGUUGUGUGGAAUCCCUUUGUCAAAAUCCUGCAAAGAGGAUAAAGAAAAGUCAUCAUAUUCAACACUUGACAAAGAAGAAUCCGGAUUUGGGUGGAAAUCCGUUAUAGUGGGAUAUGCAUGUGGGAUGAUCUUUGGAAUAAUAUUGGGUUGUAAUAUAUUCUUCCUUGGAAAACCUCAAAUGCUUACAAGACUUGUUGAAACAUGUUUCAACGUGAGACUGGUCUAAUAAG